AUGGAGCAGUUCGGGAAAUGGAUGGAAAAACAGUUCAUCCUGGUGCAGCUGCUGGACUGGGUUCUUCGCGGAGCUGCCCAAGUUAUGUUCGUUAACAACCCUCUGAGUGGCCUCAUCAUUUUUGCCGGCCUCAUACUGCAGAACUACUGGUGGGCCCUCAAUGGCUUUGUGGGCACACUUUUUGCAACCAUUUCUGCCCUUAUCCUGAAACAGAACAGGGGUGCAAUAGCUGCUGGGCUUUAUGGGUACAACGGUAUCCUGGUGGGUCUGCUGAUGGCUGUGUUCUCCAAAGCAGGAGACUGGUACUGGUGGCUUCUGCUGCCCAACAUCUUCAUGUCUAUGAUGUGCCCGGUUGUGUCCAGCGCCAUUGCGUCUAUUCACAGUCGCUGGGAUCUGCCUGUGUUCACACUGCCCUUCAACAUCCUGGUGUGUCUCCACAUGGUCGCCACCGGUCACUACAACAACCACUUUCCCCAGGUCCUCAUCGAGCCUCGCUCAGAGCUGCCCAACAUCACCUGGUCCGAAAUCGAUUUGCCCAAGCUGUUCAUGUCAGUCCCUGUGGGAGUAGGCCAAGUUUACGGCUGUGACAACCCUUGGACGGGAGGAAUCUUCAUAAUCUCGCUGUUCAUCUCCUCCCCGAUCACCUGUGCUCACGCCGUCCUGGGAUCUGCAGUGGGCAUGGUUUCAGGUUUGGCUCUGUCUGCUCCUUUUGGAGAUAUCUACUUUGGCCUCUGGGGGUACAACUGUGUGCUAGCCUGCAUCGCUAUUGGAGGAAUGUUUUAUGCCCUCACGUGGCAGGUGCACCUGCUCGCCAUCACGUGUGCUUUUUUCUGCGCAUACCUCGGCUCGGCUAUUGCCAAUCUAAUGUCCAGGUUUGGUCUGCCAGCCUGCACCUGGCCUUUCUGUCUCUCUGCCCUGACUUUCCUCCACCUGACUACGGGGAACAAUAGUAUCUUCAAACUCCCACUGGCCAAAGUCGCGUAUCCCGAGAAGAACCUGAUCUGGUUCUGGAAGAUGAAGAAGGAGGAGAAAAUGAAGAAGUCUGAGGCAGAGAGGGAGGAGCAGGAGAAGCUGCAGAUAGCCAUGGAGGAGGAACUGAUCCUAAAUGAGAAAGAGCAACUUAGGCUUGACCUCGAAAGAGCGGAGGAAGGGAGCGUACAACACGACGCAUUAAAGGGUAAAAAUGAAUAG